UACCGGGCUUUUCUCUAAUUCUCCAUGGCAGCAGCACAGGGUCCUGUGACCUGUGAGCCCGACACCCACGUCCUCGGCACCUACCUCUCCUCAGAGCCCAUCGGCGUUGUUGGCAGCAUGGGCAGCGUGGGCAGCCUAGUGGAGAAGCAGGAUCUGUCCCCCCUGGAGCUGCGGGCCCAGCUGGGGGGCUCACGGGGGCUUCGGCAGCCCGAUGGUUUGCUGCGGAAGGGGCCGAGCCAGCGGGAGCUCUUCGGCUACCUGCACGGAGCCAAGAAGGAGACGCGGUCGGAACGGAAGCACCAGAUGUCGGGCGCCUGCUACAAGCGGGACUACGAGAGCGACCGUGAGAACCGGUCCCCCGAGCGCUGCUCCCGCGAGCAUCACCGUGGGGCCGACUUCUCCAAGAGCUCCCUGCCCGAGAGGGGCCGCUUUGACAAGUGCCGUAUCAGGCCCUCGGCCUUCAAGGCGGUAGCUGGGAAGGGGCUGGUCUCCAUGCAGGGCCUGUCCUCGUCCAAGGGGCAGAAGCUGUCCAAGAGCAACGGGAGCCUGCACACGCUGCUGUCGCAGAGCAGCACGGCGGCCUCGCAGCAUGGCCCGCUUCGCACUCACUUGCUCCAUGCCAUCAGCCUGGAUGAGGCCUCUGACUCCAGCCACAACUCCAUCCAGAGCUUCCCUUCCUACGGCUCCCGCCUCAAGCCUGCCCAGAGCCAGUUCAGCGCCUCCAUGGGCCACAUCAACCACAUCGGGGGCUCCUUGGACAGGGUUUCCCGGAGCCCCAGGGACCCCCUGGCCCCUGAGAAGGCGCCCCUGUCCUGCAAAAGCAUGGCCACACUGAGCCGGCUGCAGAGCCCUGGGGAGCCCCCACCACCCUAUGAGUUCACCUACUCGCUGGAGGAUGCGGUGAAGCAGCUGGAGGACCGGCUGCAGGAGACGGGAGGAGAGCUGCGGCAGCUCAAGAGGAGCCUUAGCGAGACCGAAGACCCCUUCACGCAGGUGUUUGAGGACAAGCAGCGGCUGUGGCUGGACGAGCUGGAGGAUCUGAAGCAGAUGUACAUGGCCCGGCUGCAGCAGGUGACGCAGCAGGCGCAGCGUGGGCAGCGGGCGCUGCAGCUGCAGCUCUACAAGGCGCAGCAGGAGAAGAAGCGGCUGCAGGAGGAGCUGAGCAUGCAGCAGUGCCAGUGCGAGGAGCCCAAGCUCCGGCAGCCCCAGGGUGAGCGCGUCAGCCCCAAGCUGGAGGAGACCAAGUGGGAGGUGUGCCAGAAGGCAGCGGAGAUCUCCCUGCUGAAGCAGCAGCUCCGGGACACCCAGGAGGAGAUGGCUCAAAAGCUGGGCGAGAUAUUCAGCCUGAAGACGCAGCUGCGGGAGGCCAAGGCGGAGGUCCAGGCCAGGGACUCCCAGCUGGCGCAACUGGCAGACUCCUUCCAGAGCCCCCCGGAACCCGGCGCCUCACUGCCACUGGGCGACGACCCUAUGCCGGCAUGCCAGGACUUCCCCGGCUGCGAAACUGAUGACUCCAAGUGCCGGGGCCUUCACAGCGACACGGCGGAGCCCCUGGAGCGGCAGGUGGAGUGGCUGUGGGCAGAGCUGCUGCGGGAGCGUCGCCAGGGCCAGCUGCAGGCUGUGAACUUUGAGCUGGAGAGGAAAACCUGGCAGGAGGAGAAGGAGAAGGUGCUGCGGUACCAGCGGGAGCUCCAGGCCAGCUACAUGGAGAUGUACCACCGGAGCCAGGCGCUGGAGCGGGAGCUGCGGCAGCUGCGGUCGGAGCCCAGGGACGUCGGGGCCGACUCACCGUGGAUCGAGCGGGUGGAGUCCUCAAAGAUCUGAGCGGCGGGAUGCUGGCAGGACUGUGAAGGGGGAAGGUCUCUUGCUGCUGCAACGGGAUGAUCUCAGGGUCUGCACAAGGACCAGCUGCUCGGCGCUGCCCUGGGGAGAAGGACUGAUUGCGACAAGGGAGCUUUUCCUUCUUGCAGCGCUUCA